CUCUCUAUAACGAAGCCCUUUCCGUCAUCAUUAUCAUUACAAUCGUAUAAACAUCAGCAGCAGGAAGAGAAAAGAAAAAGAAAGAAAGAAGAGAAGAUCGUCAAUCUUCUAUAAGUUAAUACUCGUUGAUUAAAAUUCUGUCUCAGUGAAUUUGCUUUUGUUUGGAAUUUAGUCAGUCCAAAAGAAAGAUAAGGAACCCAAUUCUCAUGGGAAGUCGAGGGCAGAAGCGAACGGAAAUAGCCGACGAACUGCCAGCAGAUAAGCGAGCUUGUAGUUCAUUAGAGUUUCGACCAAGUUCCUCCAACUGUUCCUCAAUCCGAACUCACCUCAAUUCACCAAUUUCCACUCCAGAUGGUGAUAUGGAAACUUCCUCUUCUGCCUCGGGUUCCAUCCGAUCCGAUGGUGAACACGACAAGGAAGAAGAUUCAGGUUUCGGAUCAUGCGAUUCUGAUGAUGCCGAGCAACAACCACGGCAUCACAUUUUAAGAGAUUACCAGAGAAGAAGAUCAAGUGAUCAUGGGAAAUUGAGCAGUAUUUUGUCAAAUUUGAACGAAGAAGGAAAUGGAGGUUCUGGUCAACUGGCUGCGUUGACUGAACUUUGUCAAGUGCUAUCUUUUUGUAAUGAGGAUUCGCUUUCGGGUUUGAUGGCGGAUUCUUUAUCUCCUAUACUUGUAAAGCUUGUGAAGAAUGAGAGUAAUGCUAAUAUAAUGUUGUUGGCGACUAGGGGUAUGACUUAUUUAUGCGAUGUCUAUCCUAGAUCAUCUGGUUUCCUUGUUAAGCACGAUGCAGUUCCUGCCCUUUGUGAAAGAUUAUUGGCUAUUGAAUAUGUGGAUGUAGCUGAGCAGUGUUUGCAAGCAUUGGAGAAAAUAUCUCGUGAUCAACCGCUUGCUUGUUUACAAGCUGGUGCAAUUAUGGCUGUUCUAAAUUUUAUAGAUUUUUUCUCAGUUAGCGUGCAGAGAGUUGCACUUUCCACUGUGGUGAACAUUUGUAAGAGACUUCCUUCAGAGGAGACUGCAUGUUUCGCUGAAGUGGUUCCCAAAUUAUGUGUUUUACUUCAGCAUGAGGACCAACAGCUUGUUGAGAGCGUUGCAACUUGCUUGAUCAAAAUAUCUGAGAGAAUGUGUCAGUCUUCUGAACUUCUGGAGGAACUUUGUAAGCAUGAGCUGAUUAAUCAAGUCAUACACCUUAUGAAAUUGAACAGCCGGACUACUGUAUCCCAGCCAAUAUACAAUGGCUUGAUAGGAUUACUUGCCAAGCUUUCUUCUGGGUCUUUUGUAGCUUUUAGGAAUCUCUAUGAGCUAAACAUAAGCAGCUCGCUGAAAGUUGUCUUGUCUACUUAUGAACUCUCUCAUGGAAUAUCUUCUCCACAUUUGGUUGAUGGCAAUUGCAAUCAGGUACAUGAAGUUCUGAAAUUGCUCAAUGAGCUGCUUCCUACCUCCACUGGAGAUCAAGCUAAUCGGGUAGUGUUGGAUAAAGAAUCAUUUUUAGCUGAUCACCAUGAUCAUCUGCAAAGAUUUGGAAUGGAUUUAUUUUCAAUGCUGGUCCAGGUAGUUAAUUCGUGUGCAAACAUAUAUGUUUGCUAUGGGUGCUUAUCUGUUAUCAGGAAGUUAGUUUUUCUGAGCAAACCUGACAUUCUUGCUGAAUUGCUUAAGACUGCCAACAUUCCAAGUUUCCUGGCUGGAGUGUUUACUCGAAAGGAUCAUCAUUUGCUGAUGUUAGCCCUACAAAUUGCUGAGAUCAUCCUCCAAAAGCUUUCUAAUGUUUUUUUGAACUCAUUCGUAAAGGAGGGUGUUCUUUUUGCGAUCGAUGCACUACUAAUGCCUGAAAAAUGCUCGCAACUUAUGCUUCCAGUGUUCAGUGGUAUCCAACCAUCAUUUGAUUCAAACCAAAAGUCUUCUGCAAUGGAGUUCCAGAGAUGCUUGUGCUAUGCAUUUGAUACAAUGCCAUCUUCCUCUGUGCCACCUUGUAAGAUUGACAAGGAUACUAUUUGCAAUCUUGCAGAACAUAUAAAAACCAAUUACUUUGCUCCAGAAUUAGUUGAGUCUGACAAAGGAAUGACUGAUGUUCUUAAAAACCUUAGAACCUUCUCUGCUGCCUUGAUUAAUUUGAUAGACAUGCCUGUCGAUGGUGAUACUCCAGCUCAACAUGAAGAGAAGUUCUACAGCACAUUGAAUCAAAUUAUACUGAAGCUCAACGGCAGAGAACCUGUUUCCACUUUUGAAUUUAUUGAAAGUGGAAUUGUGAAAUCGCUUAUGCAUUUCCUAUCCGAUGGGCUGUACAUGAGGGAGAACGUUGAAUUUAUUGGUAGUUAUGAUCAUUUGGUUGUUUUGGGAAAGAGGUUUCAGUUCUUCGCAAAGUUGUUUUUCUCUUAUUCAGAUAUCCUUGUUGAGUACUUGCCAGUGUCAAUACUAAUACAGAAACUACAAAGUGCAUUGUCAUCUUUGGAAAAUCUCCCUGUUAUUUCAAGCCAUGGAUUCAAGCAGAGGAAUUCUUUUGCUACAGUUCCAAAUGGACGUUGUGUUAUGUAUCCAUGUUUUAGGGUUCGUUUUGUGAGGGGGGAAGGGGAGACCUGCCUCUCUGACUGUGCAGAAGAUGUUGUGUCUGUUGACCCUUUUUCUUCAUUAGAUGCCAUUGAAGGAUAUCUUUGGCCUAAAAUUUUUACUAAACGAACAGAAAAUGGGGAUUUAAAUGCAGAAACAUUGGAACAGAGGGACAUUCUACCUAAUCUUUUACCAUCACAUGCAAAUUCUAGUCAAGGGGAGAGUUCAGGUUUUAUAGACAGCAUGUCCACUGAUUUGCCAGAGAUUCAGGAAGAUGAGACUAACUUGUCACAAAUGACCUCUGAACAAGUUCAUUUCAGAGAAUCAAAUUCUGGUGAAACAAUGUCUUUGGAUGAAACCAAUAUGGGCUCUGUUGGGAAGGAACAGGAGUUUCCUACAGAGUCAACUAUAGCAAUGGAAACUCCCUGUUCUGCAUCUGGUAGAAAUGACAUUGAAGAUUUGUCACCAAGACUAUUGCUUUAUCUAGAAGGACAUCAACUAGGCCGAACUUUGACGCUAUAUCAAGUGAUUCUUCAACAGCUACUAAAUUCAGAGAGUGAAUUUAUGACAUGGUCUAAGUUGUGGAGCAGAGUAUACACAAUAACAUACAAAAAGGCUGUGGAAUCUAAGCAAGAUGAUCCUCAGGAACGUCCAUAUGUAGAAGACAAUUCUUCAAUGUCAGAUAAAAAGAUUGCUUCUAUGCAGAAUAUGACAUUUUUUUCCAGCAUGUUUGCUAGCAAUAUUGCUUCUGAUUUGAACAAGUCGAGUCCUAUUUAUGAUAUACUGUUUCUGCUCAAAAUUUUGGAAGGCAUCAACAGAUAUUCAUUUCAUCUAAUGUCUUGUGAGAGAAUAUGUGCAUUUGCUGAAGGAAGGAUUGAUAACUUGGAUAAUUUGAAGGAAAUGAUGGUUCAUUCAGUUCCUCAAAAUGAGUUCGUGAGCAGUAGAUUGACAGGAAAAUUAGAACAACAGAUGCGGGAUGCUUUUACUUUGUCAACUGGUGGUAUGCCUUCAUGGUGUAAUGAUUUAAUGUCUUCUUGUCCCUUCUUGUUUGGCUUUGAGGCAAAAUGUAAGUACUUCCGAUUGACAGCCUUUGGUCCACGAAGAGUUCAACAUAAUGCCAAUUCACGUAGUAAUUCAGGCGCUUCAAAUGAGAGGCAAACUACUUCAGGUGGUUUGCCUCGUAAGAAAUUUUUAGUCUCGCGUGAUCAAAUUCUAGAUUCUGCGACCAAAAUGAUGGACCUACAUGCUCAUCACAAGGGACUUCUUGAAGUGGAAUAUGAUGAAGAAGUUGGCACUGGAUUGGGUCCAACUUUGGAAUUCUAUACUCUUGUUAGUCAUGAAUUUCAGAAACCUGGUCUUGGCAUGUGGAGGGAGGACCAUAGUUCAACUAUCACUUCAAAAACCUUUCCUACUGAUUCCGUAAUCCUAAGAAGCAAUUUUGGGCUUUUCCCUUGUCCAUGUUCACCUAAAUCAGACUCAUGUAGCGGGAUACAGUUUUCUGAAGUAUUAAAAAAGUUUGUUCUUUUGGGCCAAAUUGUUGCAAAGGCUAUUCAAGAUGGAAGAGUCCUGGAUGUUCCCUUCUCCAAAGCCUUCUACAAAUUAAUUUUGGGUCAGGACCUUAGUUUGUUUGACAUCCAAUCAUUUGACCCUGAGCUUGGUAGGACGUUACUGGAGUUUCAGGCUAUUGUUAAUCGGAAAAGGCAUCUGGAAUCCAUUUGUGUUGAAAACUCUUCAUUGAAGGAUUUGUACUUUCGAAAUACCAAGAUUGAAGACCUUUAUCUGGACUUUACCCUUCCUGGUUAUCCUGAUUAUGUUAUUUCAUCCAAGUGUAAUCACAAAGUGGUAAAUUUGGAUAACUUGGAGGAUUAUAUUGAGCUUGUUGUGGAUGCUACCAUAAAUAGUGGCAUUGCCAGACAAAUUGAAGCUUUCAAGUCUGGAUUUAACCAGGUUUUUUCAAGUAGCCAUCUCCAUAUUUUCACAGAGAAGGAACUAGAACGUUUACUCUGUGGAGAAUGUGAUUAUUGGGGCUUCAAUGAACUUCUGGAACAUAUCAAAUUUGAUCACGGAUAUACCGCCAGCAGUCCACCCAUCAUUAAUCUACUGGAAAUUAUUCAAGAGUUUGAAUUUGCACAACGGCGAUCAUUUCUGCAGUUUGUGACCGGUGCACCCCGGCUACCUCCAGGAGGUUUGGCAUCCUUAAACCCAAAAUUGACAAUUGUCCGCAAGCAUAGCAGCAACUGUGCUGAUACUGAACUGCCCAGUGUCAUGACUUGUGCCAAUUACCUGAAGUUGCCUCCAUAUUCUUCGAAAGAGAAGAUGAAAGAGAAACUCUUAUACGCCAUAACAGAAGGGCAAGGCUCAUUCCACCUUUCAUAGCUUCUUUUACAGGUACAAAUCUGAGAAUUUGUAAUUAUCAUUUAGGUAGGUGCUCGGUUUGGUCGGUGUACAUGAAAACGGGUGGUGAAGGGCGCGGUACAGUUGGGGGAUCUUGAUGGGAAUGGAAAUAGGCAGCAGAAUAUUUGGAGUAGGAUUUGUAAGUAGAGAAUGGGAGUUGUUUCAGUCAUCAAGUUGGGGUCUUAGCUUUUGUAUAUAUAGGAAUGAUGGCUAUUUCUAGC